AUGCUGAUCCGGCGGGGCGGCGGCCGGGGGAGCCGGCGGCGGCUGCUGACCGCGGUUCUGCUGCUGGUCACAGUUUGGGCCGGGGGGAGCAGCCAGCUCCAUUACUCGGUGCCGGAGGAGGCGAAACACGGCACGUUCGUGGGCCGCAUCGCGCAGGACCUGGGGCUGGAGGUCGGGGAGCUGGUGCCGCGGAUGUUCCGGGCGGUGUCCCAGGGCCGCAGGGACUAUCUGGAGGUGAAUCUGCAGAACGGCAUCCUCUUCGUCAAUUCGCGGAUCGAUCGGGAGGAGCUGUGCGGCCGGAGCCCCGCGUGUAGCAUUCACCUGGAGGUGAUCGUGGACAAGCCGCUGCGGGUCGACCAUGUGGAAGUGGAGGUCAAAGACAUCAACGAUAACCCGCCCGUCUUCCCGGUAGCACAAAAGACUUUGUUGAUUGCAGAGUCCAGGUUACUAGAUUCUCGGUUUCCGCUAGAGGGCGCUUCAGACGCAGAUAUCGGAGCUAACGCUCUCCUUACCUACAGCCUCAGCAACAAUGACUAUUUCUCUCUGGAUGUGAAAAGAAGUGACGAACACAUCAAAUCUCUUGGAUUAGUAUUAAAAAAGCCCCUAGACAGGGAGGAAACCGCACAACUGCAUUUAGUGCUGACAGCCGUAGACGGGGGCAAGCCUGAGCUGACCGGAUCCAUGAAACUAUUGGUCAUGGUCCUAGAUGCGAAUGAUAACGCCCCCCAGUUUGACCGGGCCGUUUAUAAAGUGCGACUGCCAGAAAAUACUUCCAAUGGGACCCUAGUGAUCCAACUUAACGCUACCGAUCAGGAUGAGGGAUCGAACGGCGUCGUUAGUUACUCAUUCAGUGGUGAUGUAUUUCCAGAGGUGAAGAGCAAGUUCCGCAUUGAUCCGGAUAGUGGAGAAAUCAAAGUGGUAGGAAUGAUAGACUUCGAAGAAGUGAAGUUGCAUGAAAUCCAGGUAGAGGCUACGGAUAGGGGAAACCCUCCCAUGGUGGAACACUGUACUGUUUUGGUAGAAGUCGUGGACACGAACGACAACACCCCCGAAAUAACGGUGACGUCUCUAUCACUACCCGUCCGAGAGGACGCCCUGCCCGGCACGGUGAUCGCUCUGAUCAGCGUGUCCGACCGGGACUCGGGGGCCAACGGGCAGGUGACGUGCACCCUGACGCCCCCCGGACCGUUCGGGCUGGUGUCCACCUUCAAGAAUUACUAUUCCCUGGUCCUGCAGGGCCCCGUGGACCGAGAGAAAGUGGCGGCCUACGUGCUGCUGGUGACAGCGCGGGACGGUGGGGAUCCGGCGCUGGAGGCCACGGCCAGCGUGUCGGUGGCCAUCGCCGACGUGAACGACAACGCGCCGGCCUUCGCGCAGCCCGCGUACACGGUGCUAGUGAAGGAGAACAACCCGCCGGGAAGCCACAUCUUCACGGUGUCGGCGCGGGACCCGGACGCGCAGGAGAACGCGUUGGUGUCCUACUCGCUGGUGGACAGGCCGGUGCGGGAGCGGCCGCUGUCGAGCUACGUGUCGGUGCACGCGGAGAGCGGGCGCGUGUACGCGCUGCAGCCGCUGGACCACGAGGAGCUGGAGCUGCUGCAGGUCCAGGUGAACGCCCGCGACGCGGGAGUCCCGGCGCUGGACAGCAACGUGACGCUGCAGGUGUUCGUGCUGGACGAGAACGACAACGCCCCGGUGGUGCUGCCGCCCCAUUCUGGCACAGCCGCCUCCCCCUCUUGGUCCUCGGCGGGGUCGAGUCCCUGGUCCGGGUCCCCCGGGGCGCCUCAGCCGGGACCGGAGCUGGUUCCGCAGGGGGUCGGUGCGGGGCACCCGGUGGCGAAGAUCCGCGCGGUGGACUUGGACUCGGGCUACAACGCGUGGCUGUCGUACGAGCUGCGGGAGGCGGGCGGCGGGGCCGGGCGCAGCCCCUUCCGCAUCGGGCUGUACACGGGCGAGAUCAGCACGACGCGGCCCCUGGACGAGGCGGACGGGCCGCGGCACACGCUGCUGGUCGUGGACGGCAAGGCGGCGUCGCGGGCGUCGGGGGUGCGGGCGUCGGGAGCGUCGGGGGGCGGCCAGCGGGCAGCGCUGGUGGACGUGAACGUGUACCUGAUCAUCGCCAUCUGCGCCGUGUCCAGCCUGUUCGUGCUGACCGUGCUGCUGUACACGGCGCUGCGGUGCUCGGCGCCCCCACGGGAUCUGUGCGGGCCCGUCCCUCCGGCCCUGGUCUGCUCCAGCGCGGUGGGGAGUUGGUCGUAUUCUCAGCAGCGCCGGCGUCAGCGUCCGAACGCGUGUGCGGGGGACGGGGCCGCCAAGAGCGACCUCAUGGCUUUCAGUCCCAGCCUCCCGCCCUGCCCGGGACCCCGGGACAGCGGGGAGCAGCCAGGAAACUCCGCUGAUCAAUCAGGGAAGGUGUCUUUGAAUAACCGGAUAACUGGGAAAAUCCAGGAAAAAUAG